GCCCGGGCCGGCGGGGGGCGGAGGAGCGGAGGGGAGCCGAGGCGAGACCCGGCUGCGGCCCCCGCCGCCGCCAUGAUCCACAGUCUGUUCCUGAUCAACGCGUCGGGGGACAUCUUCCUGGAGAAGCACUGGAAGAGCGCCGUCAGCCGCUCCGUCUGUGACUACUUCUUCGAGGCGCAGGAGAGGGCCUCGGAGGCGGAGAACGUGCCGCCGGUGAUUCCCACGCCGCACCACUGCCUGCUCAGCGUCUACCGCCACAAGAUCUUCUUCGUGGCCGUCAUCCAGAGCGAGGUGCCGCCCCUCUUCGUCAUCGAGUUCCUGCACCGCGUCGUCGACACCUUCCAGGAUUACUUUGGUGUCUGUUCAGAGGUGAUGAUCAAGGACAAUGUUGUAGUGGUUUAUGAGGUGCUGGAAGAGAUGCUAGACAAUGGCUUUCCAUUGGCAACAGAAUCCAAUAUUCUCAAGGAACUGAUAAAACCUCCAACAAUCCUGCGAACAGUUGUCAACACCAUCACAGGAAGCACUAAUGUGGGUGACCAGCUUCCUACUGGACAGCUAUCAGUGGUGCCUUGGAGACGUACUGGUGUAAAAUAUACCAACAAUGAGGCAUAUUUUGAUGUGAUUGAGGAAAUAGAUGCAAUCAUUGACAAAUCAGGUUCCACAAUUACUGCGGAAAUCCAAGGUGUGAUUGAUGCUUGUGUCAAGCUGACUGGGAUGCCAGACCUUACCCUUUCCUUUAUGAACCCUCGGUUGUUGGAUGAUGUCAGCUUUCAUCCAUGUGUACGGUUUAAGCGCUGGGAGUCAGAGAGAAUACUCUCCUUUAUUCCUCCUGAUGGAAAUUUUCGCUUGCUGUCUUACCAUGUCAGUGCUCAGAAUCUUGUGGCAAUUCCUGUCUAUGUUAAACACAGCAUCAGUUUCCGUGAUAGCAGCUCACUGGGACGCUUUGAAAUCACAGUGGGACCGAAGCAGACUAUGGGGAAGACUAUAGAGGGAGUGAUGAUCACUAGCCAGAUGCCAAAAGGUGUCUUAAAUAUGAGCCUCACACCCUCACAAGGAACACACAUCUUUGACCCAGUUACAAAGUUGCUCUCAUGGGAUGUGGGGAAAAUAAACCCCCAGAAGCUGCCAAGUCUGAAGGGAAGUAUGAACCUGCAAGCUGGGACAUCAAAACCCGAUGAAAAUCCCACUAUUAACCUGCAGUUUAAAAUUCAGCAGCUGGCUAUAUCUGGACUGAAGGUGAAUCGCUUGGACAUGUAUGGGGAGAAGUACAAGCCCUUCAAGGGGAUAAAAUACAUGACUAAGGCUGGCAAGUUCCAAGUCCGAACUUAAAGGAUCAUGAUAGUGAGGAAAAGCACCUUCCUGUUUCUCCUAUCCCUUAGAUGUUGGAUAUAGCAUCUCCCCAAUCUGUUUAGGGUUGCUCCCUUGCCUUUAGCCUGAUAAGGAUAACCAGUGCUUAGCGUGCUGGGGAGAAGGGAAAAGUAAGGUUAACCUGAAGGCAUCUCAUCCCUAAAUGAGCCUGAAGUAUUAGCAGCAACAGCAGAUGGGAGAGGAGUUCAGGUCACUUAGGACUAGUGAGUCAGAUAUAAGUUUGUACCACCUUCAUCUUACUGUCUUAAAGGAAAUUCUAGGGAUUUAUUCCCUUUUGUACUUCCUGUUCCUUAUGUUUUGGCUGGCUUUUAUCCAUUUUGCAGAUGAUAUGAAGUUGAAUUUCCACAAUUCUAUUGCACUGAUGGUCUGGCAUCUGCCCUUCCCCAUCACUGGAUGUUUGGUUGGAGAGCUAUAGUUCUUGGCAGCAGAGAGAUUAGCUGGCCAUUCUGCCUUGAUGGGACUGAAAGAAAUGAAAAGGUAGACUGUCCCACCCAGGAUGGGAUUUUAAGAAGCCUGAGUUUGGGGGUGGUGCCACAGAGGGAGGAAGCAGGAAAAAAUGAAUACUUUUCCUUGAUAUUUUGUAAUCUAUUAUGGUUGUAAAGUUUCUUGAAUCUUUGGGGAGUAACUGGAAACCCAUCCAAAUUUUAGUAUGGAAUCCUUUGAAGAGCCACCUGUUGCACCUGUUAUCUUAUAACUGACAGAUGGUGACAUCUGAAUGUAAUUCUGCUUCUGUUCUUGUUUCCUCAAUAUUUGGAGGUAGUGUUUCUCCUGGCUUCUUUGAGGAGUCAGGGAGGAGGCAGAGGCAGGACAAGAAUUAGUGUGGAGACAUAGCACUCUGAUGGAAACUCUUUGAAACUGAAGCUGCAACUAAACAAAGACAAUUGCUAUCCCAGUCACUUGUUGGAACCUAUUUUUCUUUCUGCCUGCCUAUUACAAAUGAAGGUGAUACCAAUGUUCUGCUCGCUUAUGACUUUAUUUGAAAUAAUUAUGUCCUGGUACCUUUGUGACGUUUCUGGCUGUACGUCAUUCCAGUUCCUGUCUCAAUUAGCUGCUGUGCAGGUGGAUUCAAGCCUGUGUUGGAUUUCUCACUGGGACCAUCCCUUCUGCAGGAGCUGUUGCUGCAUAAACCCAUCCCAGUCUGUGCUGCAUCUCUCUCUGUAUAGCAUACAUAAAUAUAAAAUGAGGCAUAUGCACUGUUCCAUAUUGUUUGCAAUGUGUUCUUUGGCCACUAGAUGCCAAUGUGUUAAUUUAUCUGGUAUCAGAACCUGUUACACGUACAGUAGCUUAUGGACUAUAGCAUUUGUCAGGUGGCUGUGAAGUCCAGCAUAUGUAGUUCAUGUUCGUGAAUGGAACAAGGUGGCCCUAAAUGAAGGCUAACACAAAUUCUGUUUUGCCUGUGAUGGGAUACUUGCAGUGGAUGAGUGACAUCUUGAUUUUGGAAUUGCAAUUUUCAGUUCAACUGGUGAAUGCCACAGCAGGUGGCCUUAGUGCUGAACAUACUCAGCGCAAAUAUAACCUUCAACAAGGGCAUCAAUAAAAUUAAUUUUUACCUGUCA